AUGGCACCCUACGAGGCUUUCUAUGGAUGCAAGUGGCGAUCUUCAAUCAGUUGGGAAGAGGUCAGCGAGCAUAAGCUUUCUGGAGCGGAGAUCAUCCAGAUUACCUCGGAAAAGGUUGGCGAUUAUGUGUCUCUUCGGGUUUUGCCUAUGAAGUGUGUUGCUCGUUUUGGUGUUAAAGGGAAGUUAGAACCGAGAUACGUUGGGUCGUAUGAGAUUACUGAGCGUGUUGAAAUGGUGGCUUACCGUUUGGCUCUAUCACCAGACAUGUCGUUGGAUCAUCUUGUGUUUUAUGUAACUCUGUUGCGGAAGUGCAUUUCUGAUCUGUCUCACGUGAUUGUACAACAGAGUGUUAAGAUUGACCAAGAGUUAUCAUAUGAGGAACAACUUGUUGAGGUUGUCGAUAAGCAAGUGCGUAAGUAG